AUGAAGCUCCAGGUCUCCGCUCUGCUCUUCCUGUGCUCGGCCUUGGUCGCAGCGCAGUGCGAAGAUCCUUCUGAUGAUUCUGGGCGCUGCGACUUUGGGAACCAAUACCUCUGCAAGCAGGCCGAAGGAGGUCGGAAGUACAACAAUUGUGCGCAGCAGGCUAGGGGCAGGUGUGCGGAUUUUUGCCCUGAUUUGGUACGAGCAGUUUCCUAUCCAGCGUGCGUACCGAGCCUAGCUAAUGCCCGAGACAGUGCGGAGUGGGAUUGUGGGAUGCUCAGGCGAAGUACGGUCCCAUGGGUUAUUGUCAUGACUGAGAUUGACCAUUUUGCAGUCCUAAAGGCAGAUGCGAUUGCUAUUGCUCGACUUGAUGGAUGUGUUGGUCCAGCUCCGGGCAGUUCGUGA